AUGUCUUCUCCAAAGGAUCUCCAGCUUGAUCCAGAUUUGCAAAAUACUCUGAAAGAGGCGCAGAAUCUCGUUCAGAAUCUUAUCAGCACCAAAACGGACCUCAAAGCUGUUCAACUGGAGCUCAAAAUUUCCAAAUCUCAGUUGGAAUCGAUGAAGCAACAAGUUGAGACCAAUAACCGGGGCGCCAACUCCGACUGGAAUCGAUUCUCCAAAAGCUUGAACAACAUCAUAAAGGUCAUCGGCGAUCGCAAGGACAUUUCUGACUACGAACGCACCAUCCAGAACCUAACACAGGAGAAUGAGUCUCUGAAGCAACAGCUUGCUUCCUCCCAAGCUAAUCACGAGGCAGCGCUGGAACGCGAGAGACUCGUUCUGAAGGAACAGAUUGAUCGUGAAACGGCCCGUUUGGCCAAGCAAAUCUCCGAGCUUUUGAUCGACAAAGAACUGGCCGCAUCGGCCGCCUCAAUUCGAUACGACAAGCUGCAAUCGCAACUGGACUGCGCCAAGGAACAACACGAGGAGCGUCGCGCGGAGCUGGAGGCCAAAUACGAGCAGCUACUUCAAACUCUGACCGACCAGAAGGCAAAACUGCGGGAGGAAAAUGCUGCCCUCAAGCAGCGCGAAGCGCAUCUUCAGGAUCAGCUGGAGCAGAUGCAGAACCGAUCGACGGACUUCCUGCUGGGACGAGGACAAAAGAUGGCCCCGAUUGGGGCCUCCUCCAGCCAACGGUACGGCGAGGUGGUGGAAACGGUUCCGGUUGUGUCCAGCCGCAGAUCGGGGGGGAUUAACGUGGAGGAGAGUGCUGUUGAUGCCAUUCAGCGGAAUUCGGCGGCGGAUGUGGUCGAGGUCAGCUCGUCCAGUGGUCGGUCGAUGACUAGCCGGACCCAGUUGCUGGGGGGAAGUCCACAGCAUCCUGGAUCGGGUGGGCACGUUACCAAGCCGCGGAAGAGGAGGAAGCUGUUUAAUCAGACGGCGGAGGGGUGUUGAUUGAUGCUUAAUUUGUUGAAUA